CUAAUGACCACUUUCAGGAAGAUGGAUAAGCUGACGGGUUUUUCUCUUUCCUAUCUCCCAAAAGACCCUGGUCCAUGCUAUUCUGCGGAGAAAAAGUGGUACUUUAAUCCGAAAUCAGGCUUAUGUCUUCGUUUUAUUUACGGUGGAUGCGGUGGCAACGGAAAUCGGUUCGAUAAGAAGAUCGACUGCAAAAGAAUGUGCGGUGUACUUCAGCUUUUAACGACUAAUCCUGCUUGCACAUGCUGCAACGAUGUCACCUCGAAGACUAUUUGGCUUUAA